CUUCUUUCAACAGCAGCAACAGUCAGUCAGACACCUCUGUAGCUUGCUAGACAAAAUAGCCGAACCAAUAAAGCUCUUUAGACGCUAUAGUGUAUUUUAGUCACUGUGUUUUAAACCCACUUCUGUCGUCUAGUUAGUUAUCCGAUUUAAUUUCAUAUUUACGGUGCUGUUGUUUUUAGUCAGCUGGCGGGCUGGUUAAGUUAGCAUUAGCAUAGCUAGCUAACAUCUCCGACCAUGAGUUCACUAAGCUACUCACCUCCUGCUACAGAAGAGGAGGUCUGUUGGACGGAGAAAGAAGUUCUCGUGAAAGAGGAGGAGGAAGAGGAGGCUGUUACAAUACAAAAACAAGUAGAGGGUGAGGCUGUUACCGUGAAAGAAGAGAAAGACGUUUCAGUGAAAGAGGAGGAAGACGCUUUCAGAGUGAUAGAGGAGGAGGAGGAUGUUACUGUAAAAGAAGAGAAGGGGGAUGCUGUUUUUGAAGUGGAAGUGAAAGAGGAGGGGGAGAUGAAUGUCACAUCGAAAAAGGAGGAGGAAGAAGAGGAUGAAACUGGAUAUCUGGGCCCGGUUUCCCAAACGCAUCUUAAGGCAUCCAAUGGUUCUAAUGAUGAACUUAGUCGUGAAAUGGUUUUGAAAAGCCGUGCCCUGAUUAACACUAGAGAGAGACGGGACUAUUGUGGAUCCCCUGGGGAGUCUACAGGAGAGAGACGGGACUAUUGUGGAUCCUCUGGGGAGCCUCAACUACAUCAUGAAGCUGACGAGGCAGAAAAGAGUCUCUCCACAUCAGAACAUCUCAAACUCCAGCAGAGACCCACAGGGAAGAAACCUCACCACUGCUCUGACUUUAGAAAGAGUUACUCAAGAUCAUAUUCACUAAAAGCACACCAGAGAAUUCACACAGGAGAGAGAACAUAUCGCUGUAAUCAAUGUGGAAAGAGGUUUGCUCACUUAAAAAUACUGAUAUUACACCUGAGAAUACACACUGGGGAGAAAUGUCACAGCUGCUCUGAUUGUGGGAAGAGAUGCACCUCUUUAGUAACCCUUAAAAUACAUCAAAGAAUCCAUACAGGAGAGAAACCUUAUAGCUGCUCUGACUGUGGGAAGUGUUUUGUUUUGUCAGGACAUUUAAAAUCACACCAGAGAAUUCACACGGGAGAGAAACCUUAUAGCUGUGACCAAUGUGGGAAGAGGUUUACUCAGUCAAACAACCUGAUAUCACACCAGAGAACACACACAGGCGAGAAGCCUUACCACUGCUCUGACUGCGGUAAGAGUUUCUCAAGAACAGAUACACUAAAAGUACACCAGAGAAUCCAUACAGGAGAGAAACGUUAUUGCUGCUCUGACUGUGGGAAGAGUUUUUUUUGGUCAGGACAUUUAAAAUCACACCAGAGAAGACACACAGGAGAGAAACCUUAUAGCUGUGACCAAUGUGGGAAGAGUUUUACUCAGUCAAGCAACCUGAUAGCACACCGGAGAACACACACAAGAGAGAAUUAUCACAGCUGCUCUGAUUGUGGGAAGAGAUGCACCUCUUUAGUAACCCUUAAAAUACAUGAGAGAAUCCAUACAGGAGAGAAAUGUUAUAGCUGUGACCAAUGUGGAAAGAGUUUUACUCAGUCAAACAACCUGAUAUCACACCAGAGAACACAUACAGGAGAGAAGCCUUACCACUGCUCUGACUGUGGGAAGAGUUUCUCCAGAUCAGAUUCUCUAAAAAGACACCGGAGAACACACACUGGCGAGAAAUCUCAUAGCUGUGAACAAUGUGACAAGAGAUACUCAGAUAAAAGAUCUCUGAUUAAACAUCAGAAAAUUCAUACAUGAAGGAGUUGUUCCAUGAUAUCAAUUAAAUAAUAAUUAUGGAGUAUUUUAAUGAUGUUCUAUUGAUUUCAGUUUAAUGUGGAUAUUAGCCUCAGGGGGAAAAUCCAGGUUCUGAAUUGAAAGAGUACUAUUUAACAAAAAAAGAGCUGUGUUACACUUACCGCAUUGGUGACCCACUUGAAAUAAAAUCCAUCACUUCAAAAUGUAGCUAUCUGUUUGCUACUAAUUGUUGUUUAACCGGUGAUGUACACAUUAUUCCCAGGUUCCGUGGGGUGUUUGAUCUGUUAAUUUUAACAGGACGUGCAACCUCAUCUCCCCCCUCUCGCAAAAUUUAUUUGCAAGUGACAUCGAUAUGAGUGAUGACAAAUAAGUGUUGCAUUUCUCUUAGUUUUGGGGACAACUAAAUUUAAAUGUAUCACUCCAAAAAAUUUGAUGACUGUCUUCUGCUAAUUGUCGUUAUUCCACUAUUGAAGAAGCAAAUCACCUCAUAUUUCAAACAUCCAGCCUGACAAAAGAUACAUGUUUAAUUAGUCCAUGCCUCACCAUUCAGUUAAUUGUUGCUAAUACCUAUUAACAACAGGGUGAAUAUUUGGUUUUGAUUUGGAAUAUUUCAUAACAUUUUCAAUUCAUGUAACAUUUGCAACCAACUGACAAUUUGUAUAAAUGUUUAGAAAACAUUGUAGUAAAACAAGCUUAUAUUUCUGGUUGGAUAUUACAUCCUAUUCUUACUAUUUUAAUCAAUGUCAUUUCCUUAGAAUGCUCACUAGUCUUUCAGUUUUUAUUUAUUAUUCUUUAGUUUGUUAUCCUCUGUUGUGUAGUAAAUAUUUCAGUUUUUAUUUUUAAUUCAAAUUUAAAAAAAUAUCCUGUGAAGCACAUUGCUUUGCGUCCAUGUCUGAUGUGUGCUAUAUAAAUAAAGCUUGAUUUGAUUUGAACAUAUUGUAGAACAAAUUAACCCAAUGACCGACCAAUCAACAGACUCUUGCAAAACAAAAGAACAAAUAUGUGUAAAAGCAACACAUAUCUUGGUCCAUCUUAAUACGAUAAACUAUAAAUUCAGUAUAGGGCGGCAGGUAGCCUAGUGGUUAGACCGUUAGGCCAGUAACCGAACAGUUUCUGGAUCGAGUCCCAGAGCUGACGAGGUAAAACUCUGUUCCCUGGUAGGCCGUCAUUGUAAAUAAUAAUUUGUUCUUAACUGACUUAAAUUAAGCUUAAAGUAAAAAAUAGCUUCCAUCAUGUAAAAAUAGUGUUUAUCACUUUUCAACCAAUCCAGUACAUUUAGGUUGAACAUGUUGAAAUUGUAUUGUAAUAUAGAAAUACUCAUCAACUGGCUGAGUCUCCAUUUAGUUUGGAAUGAUCCAACCAUUAUGUAGGUUGGUGGAAAUUAUCCAACUGUUAUGUAGGUUGGUGGAAAUGAUCCAUCCAUUAUGUAGGUUGGUGGAAAUGAUCCAACCAUUAUGUAGGUUGGUGGAAAUGAUCCAACUGUUAUGUAGGUUGGUGGAAAUGAUCCAACCAUUAUGUAGGUUGGUGGAAAUGAUCCAACCAUUAUGUAGGUUGGUGGAAAUUAUCCAACUGUUAUGUAGGUUGGUGGAAAUGAUCCAUCCAUUAUGUAGGUUGGUGGAAAUGACCCAACCAUUAUGUAGGUUGGUGGAAAUGAUCCAACCAUUAUGUAGGUUGGUGGAAAUGAUCCAACCAUUAUGUAGGUUGGUGGAAAUGAUCCAACCAUUAUGUAGGUUGACGGAAAUGAUCCAUCCAUUAUGUAGGUUGGUGGAAAUGAUCCAACCAUUAUGUAGGUUGGUGGAAAUGAUCCAACCAUUAUGUAGGUUGGUGGAAAUGAUCCAACCGUUAUGUAGGUUGGUGGAAAUGAUCCAACCGUAAUGUAGGUUGGUGGAAAUGAUCCAUCCAUUAUGUAGGUUGGUGGAAAUGACGCAACCAUUAUGUAGGUUGGUGGAAAUGACCCAACCAUUAUGUAGGUUGGUGGAAAUGAUCCAACCAUUAUGUAGGUUGGUGGAAAUGAUCCAACCAUUAUGUAGGUUGGUGGAAAUGAUCCAACCAUUAUGUAGGUUGGUGGAAAUCCCCAUUGACUGAGGAUGAGGGGUCUCCAUUUUGUAGAUGUUGAAUAAUAAUAAUAAACUACAUUGAUCAA